AUGGCUGCCACCACCACCGCUCCCCUCCGCCUCGGCUCCAAGGCCCCCAACUUCACGGCCGACACGACCAAGGGCAAGAUUGACUUUCACGAGUUCAUCGGCGACAGCUGGGUCGUCCUCUUCUCGCACCCCGAGGACUACACCCCCGUCUGCACCACCGAGCUCGGCGCCUUUGCCAAGCUCGAGCCCGAGUUCACCAAGCGCGGCGUCAAGCUGAUUGGCCUCUCGGCCAACACCAUCGAGUCGCACGACGGCUGGAUCAAGGAUAUUGCCGAGGUCACCGGCGGCCACGUCGGCUUCCCCAUCAUUGGCGACAAGCAGCGCCAGGUCGCUCUCGCCUACGACAUCCGCGACGAGCUGUGGAGGCUCGUAUUGAGCGGGCUCGUCACUCUCGGCCUCUUCUCCUUAUUCCGCUGCAAAUGCUGUGAGAAAUCACGCAGUCUCAAAAGCAAAUCGUGGGGAUUGUCAACGUCUCUACUCCACUAUCCAUUUGAGCCUGUCUGGCGCCAAGGGAGAACUAGAGGAGAGCUGUUCACGGAGAAGAGAGCCAAGCCUCAGAUCGACCACCAGGACGCCACCAACGUCGACUCCAAGGGCAUCGCCUUCACCAUCCGCUCCGUCUUCUUCAUCGACCCCAAGAAGACCAUCCGCACCAUCCUCUCCUACCCCGCCUCCACCGGCCGCAACGCCGCCGAGGUUCUCCGCAUCAUCGACUCCCUCCAGACCGGCGACAAGCACCGCAUCACCACCCCCAUCAACUGGGUCCCCGGUGACGACGUCAUUGUCGCGCCCCCCGUGUCCAACGAGGAGGCCGAGAAGCUCUUCCCCGGCUUCCGCAUCGUCAAGCCCUACCUCCGCUUCACCAGCCUCCCCAAGGCGUAA